UCAUUGACCAUAUUUAUCAAGAUUUUGCAUCAAGGCGGGAGAAUGUGGUCAAACAAGAGACAAUGAGUUCUUAAUCAUAAAUGUAUUAGUGAGCUUGAACAUAUUGAGACGUCAACACGUUAUGAAGGUCCUCAUAUCGGGUCACGUGACCUGAGGCUCAGGUGAGUCUGAACUCGUCGGCUCGUCAAUGGGGGACCGCGCAUGCGUGAGAGGUCGCGCUCAUCAGAGGAUGCUUGGCGCGCUUCCUGCGUGCUCCCGCAGUGUGCGCGUGCUCCAGCAGUGUGCGUGCUGGCGCAAAGCGCGGCCUUCCGCUCGGUGCUCGUCCUCAUCAUCACAACAAUAACAACCGGACCGAGUGUUCCGCGGCCCCCGGUGCGCUGACACGCUCACACCGGGCCUCAGUGACGGUAAGAGCCCGCUCCCUCGGUUCCCUCGGCCCCGCGCUCUCCUCGUGCUCCGGCUCCGGCUCCGGACCGCGGGAUGUUCUGCGCGUUCUCGAGUCGGUCAUGGCCGCCGCUCGAGCCCCGUCUCGCUCGUGUCGCCGCCCGCGUGCCUGUGUCGGUCCCGGACACGGCGCCGGGUGGAGCGCGGAGCACGCGGCCCGCGCCGUGUCCGGCCGGUAGAGACGUCGGCGGGUUCACCGGAGACAGUCUGACCGGAGCACACUCACCGGAUAAACGCCAUCUUGUAUGGCGGAAAUGGUGAAGUACGUGGACGACGAACAUAAGAGCGUCUUCCUGAAGCUGCUGAACGAGCAGCGUCUGGAGGGAGAACACUGUGACAUCGCCGUCGUGGUCGAAGACGUCAAGUUCCGCGCUCACCGCUGCGUCCUCGCCGCCUGCUCCAACUACUUCAAAAAACUGUUCAAGAAACACGAGGUGGACAACUCGUCCGUCAUUGAGAUCGACUUCAUUCGCUCCGACAUAUUUGAGGAAGUGUUGAACUACAUGUACACGUCAAAGAUCUCAGUGAAGAAGAGAGAUGUCAACCUGAUGAUGUCAUCAGGACAAAUCCUCGGUAUCCGCUUCCUAGACAAGCUCUGCUCCCAGAAACGAGACGUGUCCUCGGAGGACAAAGAGAAGUUUCCCUAUGACAUUGUGAAGAUGGCGCUGCCUCCGGAGGCGCAGCUCGCCCCGGAGUCAGAGGUCCUUUGCGCACACGAUGACCCGCCCACUGCUGAUGACCUCGUCGAGGCAUCGGCCAAUCAGGAGCUAGAUAAGUCUCCCAGUGCAGCGCUGCGAGUCCAGGAAGCCAUCUUGAAAGAACUAACAAAUGAGGACGUACACAAGGUGACCUGCUACGACCAGGACGUGGUGAUGGAGGCAGAGCCUAAAGAGUUGGGGGCGGAGCAUCACGCCACCCAGACGCUGACGUUCUCCGACAGUAUCGGGGAGGUGAAGGACGAGCAGCCGCCCGGUUGGUCGACGGCAACGACGGACAUGAAGUUUGAAUAUCUGUUGUAUGGACACCGAGAACAGCUGAGCUGUCAGGCAUGUGGCAAGAGCUUCCUGGAUGAGAGCCGGCUGAGGAAACACGAGAAGCUUCACUCGGCCGAGCGUCCGUUUGCCUGUGAGAUCUGCUCUAAAGCGUUCACGACACACGCUCACCUGAAAGAACACCUGAAGAUCCACACCGGCUUCAAACCGUAUCGAUGUGACGUUUGUGGAAAAUCGUUCAUUCGAGCUCCAGACCUGAAAAAACACGAACGAGUUCACAGCAACGAGCGACCGUUCGCCUGCCAGAUGUGUGACAAGGCGUUUAAACACAAGUCACACCUGAAGGACCAUGAGCGGAGACACAGAGGAGAGAAACCGUUCGUCUGCCCGUCCUGCACCAAGGCCUUCGCCAAGGCGUCGGAUCUGAAGCGUCAUGAAAACAACAUGCACAGUGAAAGGAAACAGCUGAAUCCACUGCAGAGCGACACAGAAACGCUGCAGGCGGCCGCCAUGGCUGCUGAGGAGCAACAUCUGGACAACAUCAGCUGAUCCCAACAUCUGGACAACAUCCUAACAUCUGGAUAAAAUCAACUGAUCCCAACAUCUGAACCACAUCAGCUGGACCACAUCAGAACAUCUGGACGACAUCAGCUGGACCACAUCAGAACAUCUGGACGACAUCAGCUGAUCCCAAAAUCUGGACCACAUCCCAACAUCUGGACAACAUCGGCUGGAAGACAUCUGGACGACAACAGAAAACAUUUGGACAACGGCUGUUCGUUACAUCACUGUAUUAAAAUGUCUAUCGAUUUAUUUUUCAUGACGUUUUUUGAUGAUGACCUCGUCAGUCAUGUGAUGAGCAUGUGGAACUCUUCAUGUAUGAUCUGUCACGUGUUUGUCUCGACGUGUGAGAAACUACCGGAGCCCAGAGCGGACAUAUGAACUCACAGGGCUGUUUCCAUGGCAACACUGACAGAAUAAUAAACGGUGUUUACAGUCACUGACCAGCAGGAGGAGACUUUGUUUUUACAUGAAUAAGAUUCAAACAAAAUAUGAAUAAAACCUUUUUUUAUUGUU